AUGAAUACAAUUGACCCGGUAGCACUUCAACCACCAGCGUAUAAUGAUCAUCCAGUCAUUCAAGAGAGUAGAAAUCGCCAUGAUGAUAAUAGUGAUGUGGAGGUCUCUCACGCCCGUCCUAUCCCGCCCCUAUCGUUAUUCGCUCUCUCCUCAACACGUGCAGUUGAAGCCGCAAGUAAAUACUCAACGCCUCCUCCCAUUGCUCUUCUCUCGCGUAGACAUCAAGAGGAUCCGGCGGUGUUAAGACUGCAUGCUGCCCUGGCACGUAGUAGUAGCGGUAGUAACAACAGAGGAGCUCUCACAGACGUAUCACGACCCGAAUCCCCAUCCACACAAACACCUUAUCCUGCAAUGUCGCCAAAGAAUAGUCUUUCUGUUGGAUAUGAUGAUGAUAUGAUGUCUUCAGACUUUUCUACUACACCCAUUGGUGCAUCACCGUCCUCCAUUUCUAGACAUAAAAGGAGUUACGCCGUCUCUUUGCAGUACUCCCCAACCUUAAUGGACUCAGAGGAAGAUAGUGAAGUGGCACACAUUGUGGUACCAGAGUUUUGUACGGUGGGUGAUUGCCCUUUAACCAUUAGUUCUGUUUCCACAGUAGAGCAGAGAAAUUUUCGUCGACAAAAUGAGACCGAACAAUACAAACGGCAAAUAGUAGAGAAUACUAUGAUUACAGAUAUGCCUCAGAAUUCAGGAUUUAGUCCUGAUCCUCGUUUGACAUUAACUCAUGAAUACAGAAGUGUCACUGAUAUCCGCAGUAUUGGGACUCGUGGUGUCUCCGCGAUGAUCCCUACUUCUGUGGAUGGUGUUGUUGGUGUGAAAGCAACAGAGGAGGAAAAGGAGGAUACACAAUCUCUUCCUAACGACAUUGAUGUUGUUGGUGUUACAGCUGAAGGGGAAUUGAUUUACAAACGGGAUAUCCCUUCACAGACAGGUGGUGGUAAUGAUGAUCAUAAUAAUCAUAAUAAUAAUGAGGAUGAUAGUGAUAGAUAUAAUAAUUUUUCCUAUUCUCAACACCAAGGGAGUAUUAUUUCUGAUGGUGUAGGAGAUUCUAUGGAAAAGUAUGUUUACACCAUCCCUCCACCUAUACCUGGUGUGGGAACUCUCUUUUACACACCAGAGAAGAAUAUUUUCCCCACAGUUCUCAGUAGAAGACUUCAACAACAACAACAACAACAAGGAGAAGGACAGGGACGCAGUGAUAAUACCUCUACGGUGGUGAAUCCAGCCAUUACUACAUCACCGGUGUUGCCAUUAUGGACUAGAAACACGAAAAAUGAUAAUAAUAAUAAUAAUAAUAAUAAUAAUAAUAAUAAUAAUAAUAAUAAUACUGAUAAUAGUGGUGUUUUUAAGAAGAGAAGAAAUGAUCGAGUGAGUCGUCCCAAGUGGGAGGCGGAAGACUUGAAGUGGUGUUCGCUUCUUCUUCGGUACAGUGACCGCGAGAAUGCGGAUGAAUGCGAAUACAGAGAAGUGUUGACUGCGGUGGAUGAGUUGCGUGAGGCCCGGCGUCGUUUCCCCGCAGAGGCAUUGGAACUUCGUCUGCAGCAGCAACAAGAGGAAGAAGAGAAUCAUAACAAACCUCCUUUUAUUCUCCGAUGGUAG